GUGCACUUUUUCGUGUAGAUCGCAAACAAAUAGAGAUUUUUUGUCAUAUUUUAGCAUUAUUUUACUGAAUAAUACUUUAUAAAUUUCUCGUAAAUUUCUUAUUCUUUUAUUAAAAUUUUAUUUUUAAUACAAGAUUGCUGCACAUCAGUCAAACUGGAUUGAAGAAUAUGAUGGACUCAGACGGUUCCGGCGCGGACUUCUGCCGGUUCUGCAGAUCAGAGGCUUCAUCUGACCGACCUCUGUUCCAUCCCUGUAUUUGCACGGGCUCAAUAAAAUGGAUUCAUCAAGAGUGCCUUGUGCAAUGGAUGCGCUAUUCACGGAAGGAGAUUUGCGAGUUGUGUGGCCACCGUUUCUCUUUUAUGCCGAUUUACUCACCUGAUAUGCCUCGGAGGCUGCCCAUCCGCGACGUUGUCGGAGGCUUAGUGACGUCUGUAGCAUCUGCUGUAAAAGAUUGGCUGCAUUACACUUUAGUUGCCCUCGCAUGGCUAGGUAUCGUACCUCUCACGGCCUGCCGGACCUAUAGAUGCUUGUUUUCGGGUUCUUUAGAUCCAGUGAUAUCCUUACCGUUUGACAUUGUGUCAGCUGAAAACCUGGCUAAAGAUGUAUUCUCAGGAUGUUUUGUUGUGAUAUGCACUGUAUUUUCAUUUAUCGGUUUGGUUUGGCUGCGAGAGCAGAUAAUGCAUGGAGGUGGACCAGAUUGGAUGGAAAGAGAAAUAUUGCCAGCACCAGCUGCUGAAGAUAUACCACUACCUGAUAAUAAUAAUGACAGAGUGAAUGAUGUAGCAGCGGAAGAAGGAGCCAGGGAUGAGGCUAAUGGUGAAGGAGGUGAAGCUCCACUAGUGGGGGAUGAGCCCAAUUGGUUGGAAUGGGAUCGUGCUGCAGCUGAAGAACUGACUUGGGCACGUCUACUUGGGUUAGAUGGAUCAAUGGUGUUUUUGGAGCAUGUCUUCUGGGUAGUUUCAUUGAACACAUUGUUCAUAGUAGUCUUUGCUUUCUGCCCAUACCAUAUUGGAAGACUUGGAGCUGCAUUAGCUGGAUUCACCACAGAAGGCCCUUUUGCUGGACCAUUGACUGCACUAGCUGGUUAUGUACUGGUGGGGGCAAUAUUAGCAGUGCUCCAUGGAGUAGCAUCCUUAUUACGGCUCAGAAGUGCAAAGAAACCUUUAGGAUGCUGCUAUAUUGUUGUGAAAGUAGCUCUUCUAUCUGUUGUUGAGAUUGGAGUCAUCCCACUUGUGUGUGGUUGGUGGCUUGACCUCUGCUCUCUCUCCAUGUUCGAUGCAACCUUGAAAGAUCGUGAAUCAAUCCUCCAAGCUGCCCCCUGGACUCUCAUGUUCAUUCACUGGCUUGUUGGCAUGGUUUAUGUUUACUACUUUGCAUCAUUCAUUUUGCUCUUGAGAGAAGUGCUACGACCUGGUGUCCUGUGGUUCUUGAAGAACUUAAAUGAUCCUGAUUUUAGCCCUGUUCAGGAAAUGAUUCACCUAUCUGUAUGGUCACACAUUCGCCGGUUGGUUGUAUCGGCUAUGAUAUUCGGUACUGCGGUUCUAUUCAUGUUGUGGCUGCCGAUCCGUGUGAUCAAAUAUGUUCUGCCUGGUUUCCUGCCAUAUGCUGUGGCAGUCCACACCGAAGCACCAGUCAAUGAGCUUAGUCUUGAAUUGUUACUGCUGCAAGUAAUCCUUCCAGCUCUGCUGGAGCAGUCCCACACUCGUACGUGGCUUAAAGCCGGUCUACGGGCGUGGUGCUUGUGUGCCUCCGGAGUCCUAGGGCUCCGAUCGUACUUGCUCGGUGAAGCGGCUAGGCAGGUGGACCCUAAUCCGCCACCACAUCCACCACACCAUUUGGGAGCUGCUCAUGAGGCCUUAAUGCGUCGUGACGGACCCGCUGGCUACGAGCCGUACGUACGAGUUUCGUGGUUCCCGCUGCGUUUGGCCGCAUUGCUAGUACUGAUCUGCGUUUCCUUAGUACUGGCUAGCGCGUUGACACUGGUAAUUCCAGUGGGCAUCGGAAGAAAAGUCAUGGCACUUUGGUUGCCUAAAGCUUCUGAGGGUGUACAUGAGCUGUAUACAGCUGCAUGUGGUAUGUACGUGUGCUGGGCGCUAGGCCGAGGUGGCACGCUGGCGGCGGGCUGGGCGCGCGGCGGCCGCACGGCGCUGGUGCGGCGCGCGUGCAUGUGGGCGCGCGUGUGCGUGCGGGCCGCGCUCGCAGCCCUGGCGCUGCUGGGGCUGGUGCCGCUAAUGUGCGGGCUGCUGCUGGAGCUGGUCCUAGUGAUACCACUGCGGGUGCCCCUCGAACAAUCGCCGGUUUUGUUCGUUUGGCAAGAUUGGGCGCUGGGAGUUUUAUAUACGAAAAUCGUGUGUGCUCUCACUAUGAUGGGCCCCGAUUGGAGCAUGCGACGCGCCAUAGAGAAGGCUUACCGCGACGGCAUUAGAGAAAUGGACCUUAAGUUCAUAUUGACGGAGGUGGCGGCCCCCAUAGUGUGUUGGUUAGGACUGGCGCUCGCGGUUCCUUACGCGUUCGCUCACAGCAUCGCGCCGCUAGUUGUGACGUCAGCGGCGCAAAGGAAUCUAUUAGCGCGCAGGGUUUAUCCCGCGCUGCUGCUGUGCGCCGUUCUAUGCGCGCUAACUGUAUUCCAGAUUCGACAAUUCCGUAAAUUGUACGAGCACAUCAAAAACGACAAAUACCUUGUCGGUCAGCGACUAGUCAACUACGACCACAGGCGGCACAAGCAGCAAAGGGAAGUCGCCGCAAAUUGAAAGUGCGAGCGAGGCAGCAAUAUAGAACGACUGAGCGUGUGUGAGAGACGGGAAGCUUUUGAAGGCGGAGUUGCCAGCUCUCACAUGUAGGUAACUAUUCCCUAUACAAUGGGUAAUGGAUUCUAUACGAGUACACAGUCCUUACACACAUUUUAUGCUUACUUUACCAACAAACAAAUAAGAAAGUACUUGCAAAAACCUAUUUGUCUCUGUGAACUAUUUUGUACAAUAAAAGUGACAAACGGUUAUCUGUAAAAUUAAAUAUGUGUGUUGUUGUGGGUUUGUAAUAUGUAUCAGGAAUUAUAUAUUACCUACCUACCAGGAGCACACUCAAAAGAGGCCUAUAAGUUAAGCAAUACUGAAACUCUUUCUUAAGUCCUCCGUCGAGGUCCAUUGCGGUUCUUAGUGUUGCCAGAUUGCAAGGCAAUUUACUCUGGAAGAUUAUGGUAUUUUCUUUCUUAAUAAAUUUGGCACUGUUUUAUCUUUAUUCCAUGUUUUUAAAUCAUUGUAAAUAUAUUUUUUAAUCGUCAUUAAUACUAAAUUGAGAGUAAUAGUCAAAUGGUGUUAUAGAAUACUUAUUUUUUUAUUUAUGUACAUAAUCGAAGACAUGAUCGCUCUUACACGCUCAGUUAAAAUUAUGGAAUUGGUGUAUGUAAUAAAAUAAUAAUACGUUAAAAAAUGUUCGUAACAUUUAAGUUUAAUUUAAAAAAGGGAACGUCACAACACGAUGUUGUGUUAAAAACACACAUGAGUAAAAAGGUAUAGAGACAGGAACCCUCAUACAAUAGGGUAUUUUCCAAAAUUUUUGAAAACUGCUCAUAUUUAAAGAUUGGGACAAAAGUUUUAACAGAAAAAUA